AUGCCUAGCCUUUGGCGACCAAUUAAUGGCCCAGUCGAAAGCUGGCCGCUCGCGCUCUGCGAUGGACGUACAGUAUCGCCUACAUCGCUCAUAGCUUCCGAACGUCUACGAAGCACAUGGAGUGGAGGGACAACGUUUGUACUCCACGAAGAGGGCAACAAGUGGUACUUCAUGAGUAAUCAAAGGAAUGAUGAAGUCGCUAUUUUCAAGAAUUUCGACUCGAAAGAGGACGUGGCUCAGUACGCCGCACACUCCUCGUUUGAACUACGAAGUUGUUAUCCCCAGGCUCGUCCAAGAGAAAGUAUUGAAGUCCGCGCAAUGGUCUUCACAUAUCCAGAACACAUGUGA